AAAAACUCGUAUAUCAACUCUAAUAAGCGCAUCACAACUCAAGAGUUAAGCAGUAGUAAAUUCAUACAUACGUAUUAUAAGUUCACAUUACCAAAUGUCUUCAAAAAGAUAAAAUUAGGUCAAUGAUGAAUUUGAAUAAGUUCAUGUUUACUGGAUAUAAUGUCAGCAGAGAUUGCGGAUAUUGUCGAAGUGGAGAGCCUACUGAACACUUCGGACUUUUAUCGAAGGAACUAAAAUGCGAGGCGUAUCAAGACCUUGUUGACAGAGGCUGGAGACGUUCAGGACAUUAUUUGUAUAAGCCAAACUUGAGGACCUCUUGCUGUCCAUUGUACACGAUUCGAUUGAAUGCUGAUGAGUUUCAAAUUACUAAGGUGCAAAAAAAAACUAUAAAAAAAUGGGCCAAAUUGGUAACUGGCAAACCACUGAAUCAGAAGGCUACGAAGAAUAGUAUCGAAUACCUUAAGAACGCAUUUGAGCAAAUUGAGGGAUAUGAAGAUCAAACGCACUCAUACACGGUCAAAUUAGAAUCGGCUGAGUACACCGAUGAAAAAUUUGAACUGUUCAAGAAAUAUCAAAUAAGCGUCCAUCAUGAGUCCGAAGAGGAAGUAACGAAAAAAGGAUUUGAAAGAUUUCUAUGCUCCUCUCCUCUUGUUACUAACAAUAAAUACGGAUCUUUUCAUCAACUGUAUCGUAUAAAUGGUAUUUUAGUUGCUGUUGGUGUACUCGAUUUGUUACCUCAUGCUGUAUCAAGUGUUUACUUGUUUUAUGAUCCGGAGUACUCAUCUUUCUCGCUUGGUCGACUAAGCGCUUGUCGUGAAAUUCUUUUAGCAGCUGAAGAAAAAUAUCAAUUCUAUUAUAUGGGAUAUUACAUUCACAAGUGUACGAAGAUGCGAUACAAAGGUGAUUACAGUCCCAGUUAUCUGCUUAAUCCGGAAACAAACGAUUGGCUAUCAAUAAAACAUUUCACGCAGUUGUGGGAAAAGGGAGCAUCAGAUUAUGUAACUUUUGAAAAUGUUGAUGAGAAUAAUGACGAGUUAAAAUCCAAAAGAGUCGAGCCUUUACCAAAAUUAUCAGACAUUGACGAAGAAGAGCCCCCCUCUGUUUAUGAACGGAGCCUACCGGGAAUUUUGGAUGAAGACGCUGCCAAAUCUCUCUUGCGCAAAAAUUAUAUUACCAUUGGAGACUCAACUUUACCACUGAAUGCUGUUUUAGGAUUAUUCCCAAGAUUGGAGAACCUCUAUAUUGAAGCGAACGCGGCACUUGGAAGUAAUGUCGGUAAGGAUUAUACUCUCGUCUUUUCACAAUAAUUUCUUUUCUAUUGUGUAUGUGUUUAGCAUUUAUCAGUCGCUACGUAAGAAACGCUGAAUACUGGAAAGCUUUGAAAUCGCCUAAAUUGAGACGAGACAAACAACCUUUAUACUGGUCUAGCUGUGGAUGACUUUAAGAAUACCGGAUAUUAUGGGUUGCAAAACUACGAAUGCAAGGACAAUUCACAAAAUAGUAUAGAAAAAAUAAAACAAAAUAUCUUUAUUGUUAAG